AUGGACCCCAGUGCCACCAGCUUCCCCACGGCCUCGCUGUAUGUGGGAGACCUACACCCUGACGUCACCGAAGCAGUGCUCUAUGAGAAGUUCAGCCCUAUCGGGCCCAUCCUCUCCAUCCGGAUCUGUAGGGACGCCAUCAGCUACCGCUCGCUGGGCUAUGGGUAUGUGAACUUCCACCGGCCCGCGGAUGCCACACGCGCUUUGAACACCAUGAAUUUCGAUGUCAUAAAUGGCAAGCCAAUACGCAUCAUGUGGUCUCAGCGUGAUCCAUCACUUCGCAGAAGUGGCGUAGGCAACAUAUUCAUUAACCAUUUAGACAAAUCCGUUGAUAAUAAAGCUCUCUAUGAUAUGUUUUCUUCUUUUGGUAACAUCCUUUCAUGUAAGGUGGCUUGUGAUGAAAAUGGUUCCAAGGGUCAUGGAUUUGUACAUUUUGAGACACGGGAAGCAGCUGAAAACGCUAUUGAAAGCAUGAAUGGCAUGCUUCUACAUGAUCGCAAAAUAUUUGUUGGGCAAUUUAAGCCUCCUAACGAACGAGAAGCAGAGCGCAGAGCUAGGGUAGAAGAGUUCACCAAUGUUUACAUCAAGAAUUUUGGGGAAGACAUGAGUGAUGAGUGUCUUAUGGAUCUCUUUGGCAAGUUUGGACCUAUCUUAAGUGUGAAAGUAAUGACUGACGACAGUGGAAAAUCCAAAGGUUUUGGAUUUGUAAGGUUCGAAUGCCAUGCAGAUGCACAGAAAGCUGUAGAGGAGCUGGAUGGAAAGGAGCUGGAUGGAAAACAGAUUUAUGUUUCUCGGGCUCAGAAAAAAAAGGAAAGGGAGAUAGAACUUAAGCAGAAAUUAGAAGAAAUUAAGCAAAACAAGAUCACCAAAUACCACGGUGUUAACCUUUAUGUGAAAAAUCUUGCUGAUGGUAUUGAUGACGAACGUCUCUAUAAAGAGUUUUCUCCAUUUGGUACAAUCACUAGUGCAAAGGUUAUGAUGGAGGGUGGCCGCAAAAGGGGGUUUGGUUUUGUAUGUUUCUCCUCCCCAGAAGAAGCCAUGAAAGCAGUAGCAGAAAUGAAUGGUAAAAUUGUGUCCAACAAGCCAUUGUAUGUAUCUUUUGCUCAGUACAAAGAAGAGCGCCAGGCUCACCUCACUAGCCACUAUAUGCAGAGAAUGGCAACUGCAGCAGCUGUGCCCAACCCACUAAUGAGCCCCUACCAAGGAGCAUCUCCCAGUUACUUCAUGUCAGCUAUUCCACAGGCUCAGGACUGUGCUGCAUUCUGUCCUUCUAGCCAAGUUGCUCAACCUCAGUUAUUCCAAAAUAUGCCCAGUGCUGUUGACCCAGCCACUGCUAGACCGACAAUGGGUCCACACCCUGCAGCUGCUGGUGCUGCUUCAACUACUCCUCCUGCCCGCACUGUUCUACAGUUUGAAUAUAAUGAAGGAGUUUGUAAUCCUCAACAACUUAAUGCACAACCACAAGCUACCAUGAGACAGCCUGCUGUUCGCGUACAAGGUGAGAAGUCUUUGAUUGCUUCCACGUUGGCAUCUGCCUCUCCUGAAGAGCAAAAGAUAAUGUUGGGUGAAUGGCUGUUUCCUCUUAUUCAAGCCAUGAACCCUACUCUUGCUAGUAAAAUCACUGGCAUGUUGUUGGAGAUGGAUAAUUCAGAACUUCUUCAUAUGCUUGAGUCUCCAGAGUCUCUUCGCUCUAAGGUUGAUGAAGCUGUAGCUGUACUACAAGCCUGCCAGGCUCAACAAGAAGCUCAACAAGAAAAAGCCAUUAACAGUGCCACCGGGGUUCCAACUUUAAAACUGAUCAGGGACAAGAAGAAACUCGUGCUUCACCAAAGACACAUAUCUAAACAUUGA